GCUAAUUAUCGUUUGCAAACUAUUUUUGUGUCUGGAAAAGUCAUUCAAGUGUUUUUUUUCAGUUUACACAGUCGCAUGGAAACGCAUAAAACGAUGUCCGAUUCGGAAAAUGGAUUUGUAAGCGGUGACGUGUCUACGGCAACGCCUGGAGCUUUCGUCGAUCCUGCAGGAAAUUUCAACGAAAGUGGUAAAAUCAUUGAGGGUUUUUUAUGCCCUGUCUGCAAAAGUGAUUUGCGAUCACCAGAACGAUUGACGUUACAUGUCGAACAUGAACAUUCUGAUGAACAAGAUCUUUUACGGUCCUUGAAAGAAAUGUUCAACUUUGCUCGACAAGGUAUAACACUGAAAGCUAAGAAAAAAAAUUCACUUAUGUCCACCAUUAGUGAACCAUCGUCAAAUAUAUUAGAGGCAGCAAUUUAUAGCAGCGGAGCAAAAAUACCCACUGGCUUGACACAAGAACUUGUGAAGCAAGUCAUCGGUUAUUAUUGCGACCAUUCUAUGUACUUUAAAGCUGUGCGAAAUCCUCGUCUAGAGAGAUACGCGGCCGAGACAAAUAAACUGAUAAUCCGAUUAGACAAACUUCUUCAUGACUGUCCUACUGAUGUUGAUCAAAAGAAGCGACAUGAGCAAAGCAAAGUGCCAUGGGUAAACGGAAAGCUGGUAAAAUUAUGCCCAGGUUGCGCUAAAAGCUUUGGCAUUACUCGUCGUCAGCAUCAUUGUCGUUUAUGCGGUGCGGUUAUGUGUGUGAACUGCUCACUUUAUUUGAGUUUUAAAGAUGCACAUAGAAUUAUUCAACCAAGUUCUAUUUGCUUAACGAGCGUCAUGGCAGAAGCUUAUAUAGAUGAUAAGGAAACUAGUUCUAUGUUACAAAACAAUUUGAAUAGUUUUCGUAUUUGUGACCACUGUAUGCAUUUGUUGAUGAACCGGAUGGAGAUGCAAGAUUCGCUAUACAAUCAAUCUCAGAUGGCAAAGGUAUACGAACGGUUAUAUCAAGAACGAGCGGCUAUAGAGCCAAAUGUACCCAUGUAUAGACAGAUAUUAGAUAGCUUGUAUGAGGGAGAUAUAAUGUUUCGUCUAUCAGAUGCUACGAUUCUACGUGAGAAAAUUGGGCGAGCAGCAGAGCAACUUGACAUAAUCAGCAAGACUAUUCUUGGGCUACCUUUCGCUACUGGUAGUCGAGAAGAGGCAUUAAAGAAAGCUAUCCGACUCGCCUGCAUCUCAUAUAUUAAAGAACAAAUGCUUUCGAUACCGGCUUUGCCAUUAGAGGAGGAAAUUAAGAAGAUUCAGUUACGCAACAAACAAGAAACAGUCCGACGACUCGAGCAGGAACGAAUGUUAGCCUUAGAAGCUUACGAGCGAUAUGAGCUACAAUUGACCGUAGGGGCCGAUUUUUCCAACACGAACGCGGUUCCGAGGACAAAAGCUGUGAAUGGACGGUACGGUGUGGCUCAGUGGGCGAUGGAUAAUUGGAGUGGAACUCAAGUCGGAGCGACUAACACUAGCAAUUCGGAUCCCCUCAUCGAUCAGAUUAAUAUAGUAAAGGGAUACAUCAAGCAAGCACGAGAAGCUAUGCGAUUCGAGGAAAUUGUCACUCUUGAGCGUAAUUUAACUGAGCUUACUCAGGAGUUUUAUUGUCAGCAACAGUUAAUUGAUAAAAAUCAACAUGUGAACAAUAAAUAAAUAAUGUUUUUUUCUGUAUAAUAAUAUUAUUGUAAUAAAUCUUGUUUAUAA